ACAGCUGCACCAACAACAACCACAGCUGCACCAACAACAACCACAGCUGCUCCAACAACAACCACAGCUGCUCCAACAACCACAGCUGCACCAUUAACAACCACAGCUGCACCAACAACAGCCACAGCUGCCCCAACAACAACCACAGCUGCACCAACAACAACCACAGCUGCACCAACAACAACCACAGCUGCCACAACAAUAACCACAGCUGCGCCAACAACCAGAGCCGCUCCAACAUCUACCACAGCUGCUUCAACUACAACCACAGCUGCCCCAGGUACAACCACAGCCGCACCAACAACAACCACAGCUGCCCCAGCUACAACCACAGCUGCUCCAACAACAACCACAGCUGCCCCAGCUACAACCACAGCUGCUUCAACUACAACCACAGCUGCCCCAGCUACAACCACAGCUGCACCAACAACAACCACAGCUGCACCAACAACAACCACAGCUGCUCCAACAACAACCACAGCUGCUCCAACAACCACAGCUGCACCAUUAACAACCACAGCUGCACCAACAACAGCUCCAACAUCAACCACAACUGCACCAGCAACCACAGCUGCUUCAACUACAACCACAGCUGCCCCAGCUACAACCACAGCUGCACAAACAACAACCACAACUGCACCAACAACAACCACAGCUGCUCAAAAAAACACCACAGCUGCUCCAACAACAACCACAGCUGCUCCAACAACAACCACAGCUGCCCCAGCUACAACCACAGCUGCUCCAACAUCAACCACAACUGCACCAACAACCACAGCUGCUUCAACUACAACCACAGCUAAACCAACAACAACCACAGCUUCACCAACAACAACCACAGCUGCACCCACAACAACCACAGCUGCUUCAAAAACAACCACAGCUGCACCAACAACAACCACAGCUGCACCAACAACAACCACAGCUGCCCCAGCUACAACCACAGCUGCUCCAACAUCAACCACAACUGCACCAACAACCACAGCUGCUUCAACUACAACCACAGCUGCCCCAGCUACAACCACAGCUGCACCAACAACAACCACAGCUGCACCAACAACAACCACAGCUGCUCGAACAACAACCACAGCUGCACCAACAACAACCACAGCUGCGCCAACAACAACCACAGCUGUACCAACAACAACAACCAUAGCUGCACCAACAACAACCACAGCUGCACCAACAUCAACCACAGCUGCACCAACAACAACCACAGCUGCACCAACAACAACAACUGCACCAACAACCACAACUGCACCAACAACCACAGCUGCUUCAACUACAACCACAACUGCCCCAGCUACAAGCACAGCUGCACCAACAACAACCACAGCUGCACCAACAACAACCACAGCUGCUCCAACAACAACCACAGCUGCACCAACAACAACCAAAGCUGCUUCAACAACAACAACAGCUGCACCAACAACAACCACAACUGCACCAACAACCACAGCUGCUUCAACUACAACCACAGCUGCCCCAGCUACAACCACAGCUGCACCAACAACAACCACAGCUGCACCAACAACAACCACAGCUGCACCAACAACAGCCACAGCUGCCCCAACAACAACCACAGCUGCACCAACAACAACCACAGCUGCACCAACA